ACAAACACAUUUUAAAAAAAGCCACAGCCACGGAGAUCAGGCCAUGGAGGCUAGCUCAGAAGAUAGCCUCUCCACCCCAAAGAGAUGACUGAAAGAAACUGGAACAAAGGACAGUAACUAUGGGGGUGUGAGUGAUUGCUGGACCCAGACUAGGAGGAAGUCUAGUCUGUUAAAGCUUAUUGGAACCUCUCUGAGGAGCAACAUCUGAUUGGGCCGAUCCCAGGUUCACAGCUCUUCAGGCUUGUUAUCACCACCUUUGGAAGUUGCCUCUUUCUGCAGAAACAUUUGGAAGGGUUAUCAACUUGAGAAUAACGUGCUGAAUAUUUCUUGGAUGGUAGAGAACAGUACUCUGCUUUCAUUCAAAGUCUACAUUUUUCAUUGCUUGGACUUGAUCUGAAUUGCAAGAGAGGUGAAAUUUGCCAUUUCAUCCUACAAAGUCAACUCUAGUGCAGGAUUGUUUAAUCACCUCUUCCACAUUUUCCUAAUUAACAGGACAGCACAAGAUGACUGAAGAAGCUGACACGACAACCUACUACUACGAUCCUGAGUCAGAACCAUGCCAAAAAGCUGAUGUCAAAAAAUUUGCAUCCCAGUUUCUGCCCCCGCUGUACUCCUUGGUGCUGAUAUUUGGCCUGGUGGGCAAUGCGCUAGUUGUGCUGAUCCUGAUAAAAUACAAGAGGCUGAGAAGCAUGACUGACAUCUAUCUGCUGAAUCUGGCAAUUUCCGAUUUACUCUUUAUUCUUUCCUUACCAUUUUGGGCUUAUUAUGCAGCACGUGAGUGGGAUUUUGGAAAUGCAAUGUGUAAAAUUCUUUCAGGGGUCUAUUAUGCUGGCUUCUACAGCGGGAUCUUUUUCAUAAUACUUUUGACAAUAGAUAGAUAUCUGGCAAUUGUGCAUGCAGUGUUUGCUUUGAAAGCCAGGACAAUUGCCCAUGGCAUCUUCACAAGUGUUUUCAUUUGGGUUGUUGCAAUAUUAGCCUCUCUUCCAGGGUUUAUAUUUCACAGUGUUCAAAAGGAAGGUCCUCACUGGACCUGUAGCCCUCAUUAUCCAUUAGGUUAUGAAAUCAAAUGGAAGCAAUUCCUGAUUUUAAAGAUGAACAUCCUGGGACUUGUCAUUCCACUGGUCAUUAUGAUCUUCUGCUAUGCAGAGAUUAUAAAGACAUUACUGAGAUGUAGGAAUGAGAAAAAACAUAAGGCAGUCAGGCUUAUUUUUAUCAUAAUGAUUGUUUAUUUUCUCUUCUGGACACCAUUCAACAUUGUUGUUCUCAUGUACACUUUUCAAGAUUCAUUUUUCCUAAAUAACUGUGACAGCAGCAGUCAGCUGGAGCUAGCAAUCCAAGUGACAGAAGCAGUUGCAAUGAUCCACUGUUGUAUCAACCCCGUGAUCUAUGCUUUUGUUGGUGAAAAGUUUAGGAAAUAUCUUUAUACCUUUUUCCGAAAAUACAUUGCAAUCUACCUCUGCAAACACUGUCCAGCUCUUCAUGGUGAUAAAUUAGAACGGGUUAGCUCCACAUACACCCCAUCCACUGCAGAGCAUGAUAUCUCCAUUGGUUUGUAAAAUGCAUUAGAAAUGUAGCCAGUAAAAGUUUCAUCCUCCUUUUUACUUAAAAGAUUGUGCAAUUAAACAAAACUCUUAAUACGAUGACAAUAAGACCUGGACAGUUACCAAUCACAGUAAUAAAACUUUUUUGUGA